AUGAGUCGUUUAGGAGAUAUCACGUUUGUACUGAAGACUGGUCCACAGCCGGCCGAACGCACUCGGCCGGACAGGAAGGGAAUUGGCUUCGCUCGGCCUUCUCCAGGACCGAUCCGGCCGCACGACCGCACCGUCCGAGCCGGGAGGCAAUGGACCACGAUCGACCGAGAACAUCACAUCACGGCCGACCCCGACGGCCGACCACAUCCCUUACACGGUCGACCCGAGCUCCGCGAACAAGAAGCCCACUUAUGCAGUUUCGACUAUUCUCGGCCCGUUUCACCUCAACCGACUUGUGGAAGACCUAGGGCACUAUAA